AAAGUAAUACAAACCCUUAUUUCUUGAAAUGACACUCUCACGAUUAUUCAGAAAAUUCCCCAAUUUUGUUCAUCUCUCAAAAUCUUGUUACCCAAUUUCUCUAACACCAUCACCAAGUUCAAAUUUUGAUCACCAUUCCUCAAAACCCACCAAUCAAUUCAGCCAAAACCCGUCUGGGUCUCUCAAAUUCAACAUUUUUUCAUUUCACACUUCACGUGUUAAUGUUAAUAAACCCAACCCAACCAACCCAGAUGCAGAAACAAUCUGCAAAAUCUUAUCCACCGCACCAGAUUCUCCCGUCGAUGUCUCCUUCCGCAACUUCCCGGCGGAGGUGUCGCCGGAGCUCGUUGUUGAUGUCUUGAACAAGCUCAGCAAUGCUGGGAUUCUCGCACUCUCGUUCUUCCGUUGGGCGGAGAAACAGAAAGGGUUCAAGCACAGUACAGAGAGUUUCCAUGCUUUGAUUGAAGCAUUGGGUAAAAUCAAACAGUUUAAGAUGAUUUGGAAUUUGGUUGAUGAAAUGAAACAACAAAAGUUGAUAAAUGGUGACACUUUUGCUCUCAUUGCUCGGAGAUACGUCAGAGCUAGAAUCGUUAACGAGGCAUUGAAGACGUUUGGGAGAAUGGAAAGAUAUGGACUGAAGCCUCAGAUAUCGGAUUUCAACAAGUUAAUUGAUGUAUUGUGUAAGUCGAAGUUUCAUGUUGAGAAAGCACAGGAACUGUUUGAUAAAAUGAGGCAAUGGGAUUUGGAGCCUAAUUUGAAGUCUUAUACUAUUCUGUUAGAAGGUUGGAGUCAGCAACAGAAUUUGUUGAAGGUUAAUGAGGUUUGUAGAGAGAUGAAGGAUGAGGGUUUUGAGCCUGAUGUUGUUACCUAUGGUAUAAUCAUUAAUGCUUAUUGUAAGGCUAAAAAGUAUGAUGAGGCUAUUGGUUUUUAUCAUGAGAUGCAAUUGAAGAAUGUGAGUCCUAGUCCUCAUAUAUAUUGUACUUUGAUUAUUGGUCUUGGUAAUGGUAAUAGAUUAGAUGAAGCUCUUGAGUUCUUUGAAAAAUCUAAGGCUAGUGGAUUUCCACCGGAGGUACCGACUUAUAAUGCUGUUGUUGGGGCUUACUGCUGGGCAAUGCGGAUCGAUGAUGCAUACAGGACUGUUGGUGAGAUGAAAGAGCUUGGGAUCGGUCCGAAUUCUCGAACAUAUGAUAUAAUACUUGUUCAUUUGAUAAAGGGUGGAAGAACAAAAGAAGCUUACUCGGUUUUCAAGAGAAUGAGUAGCGAGAUGGGGUGUGAGCCGAGUGCAAACACGUACGCGAUUGUGGUGAGGAUGUUUUGUAAUGAAAACCAAUUGGAUAUGGCAAUGGUAGUUUGGGAUGAGAUGAAAGACAAGGGAAUUCUUCCUGGAAUUCACAUGUUCUCGACGUUGAUCAUUUCCUUGUGUCGGGAAAAUAAGUUGGAUGAAGCAUGUAAGUACUUUCAACAAAUGUUGGAUGUUGGGAUCCGGCCUACUGCCAAUAUGUUCAGCGCCUUCAAGAGUGCUCUAAUGGACGCGGGAAUGGAGAAUACUGUGAAACAUUUUGCUCUGAAAGUUGAUAAACUGAGGAAUACUCCAUUUAUUGCUUAACUUAAUCUUACACAAAGGAAUUCCAGGAUGUUGGGAGGUUAAUAGACCCAUCUAAAUCACACUAAGAUAUCUUAAUGAUUGAUUGACUACCUUAAGCUUCUAGUCUUUGACUUCACUGGCUCCCCCUCUUGAGAUUCUCUGUUCAACUUUGCUAUGCUAUAUUUCCUAAGAUCUUAUGGAGUGAUGUGUUUAGACAUCAAGUCUGAAAUAAUCAGAUUUGCUGCGAAUGAAGUACUAUGGAAACGGUUUGUGCCAUCUUUUUUAUUAUGUGGUCUGAUGCAUUGGUUGCAUCACUUCCAAUUUCUGAGGCAGUAGAAGAAGUGCAACUUAAGAGGAUUACAGAACUACAUGUAUGAAAAUAAAUCAGGUCUAGGGGUUGUUUAUGCAAGCAUUAGAUGCAUUGGUUGCAUCACUUCCAAUUUCUGAGGCAGUAGAAGAAGUGCAACUUAAGAGGAUUACAGAACUACAUGUAUGAAAAUAAAUCAGGUCUAGGGGUUGUUUAUGCAAGCAUUAGAUGCAUUGGUUGCAUCACUUCCAAUUUCUGAGGCAGUAGAAGAAGUGCAACUUAAGAGGAUUACAGAACUACAUAUCUAUCCCACGUAUUCUCCUCCGUAAGUAGAGACCUCAAUUUCAUAGAUCACACCAGUGACCUUGGAUGGAAAGAGAGUGAUAGAUUCCAACCUAUUGUAGUUGACCUGGGAACAUAUUUAGCUAGGAGAAGUCAAAUAUUUCAAGCUACAGAGAAGAGGACAACACCCG